CCGCAGUGAGCACUAAUAAGAUCGUUUAUUGCCCUGAAUGAAUGCUUAAACGUGGAAGCUACAAAGGAAGCCAAACGUUUUUCAAUGAAUACCUAGGCAGGUGCUCAAAACGUCCCGUCAAGGGCGAGGUAGGAGAGUUGCUUCUUUUGGGGUGGGUGGGGACUAGCCUUCGGCUUUAAUUCUUAGGCACCGCCUCUUUCUCCCGGCGGUCGGCCGCUAGGCGGUGCUGGGGAGCUUGCCGCCCACUAGCUGGGGCGCCCCAGCUCUCCUCCCUCGCCCCUCAAUCCCCGACCCGCGCGGCAAGACUACAACUCCCGUGGUGCUCUGGGAGCGGGAGAGGGCGGGGGGGGGAAACCAUGGGCUAAGAGGGGUGCGAGGGCGGGCUUUCCGGGAGUGUGUUUCCGGCGUCGGCGGCCGCGGCCAGGGACGGUGUGAAAGCGGUAAGAUGGCGGCGGCGGCGGUGGUGGAGUUCCAGAGAGCCCAGUCUCUACUCAGCACUGACCGGGAGGCCUCCAUCGACAUUCUCCACUCCAUCGUGAAGCGUGACAUUCAGGAGAAUGAUGAGGAGGCAGUGCAGGUCAAAGAGCAGAGUAUCCUGGAACUGGGGUCUCUCUUGGCGAAGACUGGACAAGCUGCAGAGCUUGGAGGACUCCUGAAGUAUGUGCGACCCUUCUUGAAUUCCAUCAGCAAGGCUAAGGCAGCUCGUCUGGUCCGAUCUCUUCUUGAUCUCUUUCUUGAUAUGGAAGCAGCAACAGGGCAGGAGGUUGAAUUGUGUUUAGAGUGCAUCGAAUGGGCCAAGUCAGAGAAACGAACUUUCUUACGCCAAGCUUUGGAGGCAAGACUGGUGUCUUUGUACUUUGAUACCAAGAGGUACCAGGAAGCAUUGCAUUUGGGUUCUCAGCUAUUGCGGGAGUUGAAAAAGAUGGAUGACAAAGCCCUUUUGGUGGAAGUACAGCUUUUAGAAAGCAAAACAUACCAUGCCCUGAGCAACUUGCCGAAAGCCCGAGCUGCCUUAACCUCUGCUCGAACUACAGCAAAUGCUAUCUACUGCCCUCCUAAAUUGCAGGCCACCUUGGAUAUGCAAUCAGGUAUUAUCCAUGCAGCAGAGGAGAAGGAUUGGAAAACUGCAUACUCCUAUUUCUAUGAGGCGUUUGAGGGUUAUGACUCCAUUGAUAGCCCCAAGGCCAUCACAUCUCUGAAGUACAUGUUGCUCUGCAAAAUCAUGCUCAACACCCCAGAAGAUGUCCAGGCUUUGGUGAGCGGGAAGCUUGCACUGCGGUAUGCGGGGAGGCAGACAGAAGCAUUAAAAUGUGUGGCUCAGGCUAGCAAGAAUAGAUCACUGGCAGAUUUUGAAAAGGCCCUGACAGAUUAUCGGGCAGAGCUCCGGGAUGACCCAAUCAUCAGUACACACUUGGCCAAGUUGUAUGAUAACUUACUGGAACAGAAUCUGAUCCGAGUCAUUGAGCCUUUUUCCCGAGUUCAGAUUGAACACAUAUCUAGCCUCAUCAAACUCUCUAAGGCCGACGUGGAAAGGAAAUUAUCACAGAUGAUUCUUGACAAGAAAUUUCAUGGGAUCUUGGACCAGGGGGAGGGUGUCUUGAUUAUUUUCGAUGAACCCCCAGUAGAUAAAACUUACGAAGCUGCUCUGGAAACCAUUCAGAACAUGAGUAAAGUAGUGGAUUCCCUCUACAACAAAGCCAAGAAACUGACAUAGAGUUGGAUCUGUAGCGGUCCUUUGGAGAGUGUGUGUGGCGGGAGAGUGAAACCUUUGGGGAAAAUGCUAGGAGAUUCUUUUUUCUUUUUGUUCUACUUUUCGCUCGGAAAGUUUUUAAAUCCUCAUUUGGUGCAUCUGUAUUCCAGCCAAUAGGUGUGCCAGUUUUCAUGUAAUCUUUACUGGCCCAACUUGGGAGUGGGGAAAUUGCUUAAAAAAAAAGAAAAAGAAAAAAAAAAGGUUAUUCUGAAUAAAAGGAAAAAGGCUUACACUACCUAAAGCUGUGCUCUCUGCCUCCUGGGAGAGGGCCGCAAAGCCAGGAGCCUCGUCAACCACUGGGGCUCCUAAUCCACCUGCUGGGCGUCACCUCUCCUCCUCUUCAGAAUUGGGUGUUUGCCUGACCAUCAAAGCAACGACUUUUUAUUGUUUGUACUGAACCAAAACAAACAACUGUGUAUAGACUGCUAUUUUCUUUUUUAUUUGAAAUGAGGCGUUUUGGUGUUCUUUCCCCUGCCACAUGGCCUGUCACCUGCCCUUCCCCCCCAACAAUGGCUCCAGCAGACUGGCCCGAGGGCCUGCCGCCGCCGCCGCCACCGCAGCAGCACCUGCACAGCUCCGAGCUGACCUGUGGAGGAAUGGGGACGAGGCCAGGAGCUAGUGUCCACAAGGGCCACACGGGAGCAGUGUGGGCCCUCAGGGGGCCUGCUGUGCAUGUGGCUCUUUUUAACACAGUAAACUAGAUUAGACGUCAGUGUUUUAAUUGCCCUCUCUGCUCUUCUCUCUGUCCCUUCUCUUUCCCCUCUCCACCAGGAGACCAUCACAUGUCUCUUUUCCUCCCUCCUUCCCCUUCAGGGGAGUCAGGCUGUCUGAAAUCCAUCAGCUUCUCUCCCUGUCCCACUCCUCCUCCUGCUGUCAGAUGGAUUUAGUCUUUUUUUAACCAAGUGAACAUUGAAAAUGAGACUGUGGGGUGUGGGUUUUCUUUUUUUUCUUUCGUUUUUGUUUUUUAAACCUUUGUUGUUGGGUUUUUGAGCAACCUCAUGUCCCCCUCCCAGGGAGCUGCUUUAUUUACCUCUUAGAAACUGAACGGCUGGGAGGUAGAGCGUUGUAUUUCAGCAUGCUUUGUGUUAUGAUGAGAUCACGUAGUGAGGCUUUCGUGCCAUUUGGGCAGGUGAGCUUCUGCACCUCUGCCGUGCCCAGCGAUAUUUCUUCCUCCUCAUUUUUUUUGUCUUCUCUUUUCCUCCUCCCCUCAUGCCUCCUUCCUGCUGGCCUCCUUUUCUCUUUCUUUUCCUUUCUCAGAUUAUCCUUCCAGGUUUUCGUAAUAAAUUUAUAUUUUGUAAAAGGAUUUUGUUGUACCAGGUUUUGCAUCCUCACUGAAUCUGACUGGCUUUUACUUUCCUCUCCAGAAUCAGGUUUUUGUUCUCAACAUCUCUUCCCAUCAUGUCCAGUCACUGUUUUGGUUUUGGCACCAUCAAUAUCAAAUGUACAAACGGUUCUUGCUAACCAACACCAGGUAUAUCUGAUGUUCAGAUGAGUUCCAAUAAAAACAAUUUUUUUUUUCAAAAA